UAUCUACCGGUUCAAUGGAAAUCAGCCUAGUCUCGAAGAUCGACCCCAUGCAUCUGCAGGGUAGGAGGAGGAAAGCAGAUUUUUUUUAUUCAUGCAUGACAUUUGCAGACCACUGCGAGCUGAUGUUUGCUGAUAAAAGAUGCAUCAUCAUGUAAUGAAGUGUGUAGAUCCGUUAAUAUGCCCCUGCUACAGAUCCCAAUCGAGACUGUUGCAUUUGAUCUUAUGGCUUCAUCUACAGCUAUUAUUACUGUGCACUGCAGACUUCACCGUAGAUCAGCAGUUCUGCAUCGAUCCCGGGUUCCCUGAACAUGGAAACAGGACACCGAGCUCAGGUGUGUUCUUUGAAAAGGCUGCUGCACACUUUAACUGCCUGGAAGGGUAUAGGCUAAAAGGCUCAUUGAAGAUGGUCUGCAUUCAAUACCAGAAUGGCUCCACGGGCUGGAAACCAAGUCAUAAACCAGUGUGCCUACCUGAAGUUACAGAUUGUCUAAUUCCAUAUAUUGAAGAUGCUGAAAUUUAUAACAAGACCUACAGACCUGGAGAUAAAUUGAUAAUCAUCUGCCACGAAGGAUUCCAGAUCCACUAUCCUGACAUGGAUAAAAUGGUCUCAGUCUGCCAAGAUGAUGGAACCUGGGAUACUCUGCCCAUUUGUCAAGGAUGUUUGAGGCCUUUAGUUCCUCCUCACAGCUACAUUAACAUAUCUGAAACCGAGUUCUCAGUCCCGGAGAGAACUGUUGUGCACUACCAGUGCUUUCCUGGAUACGACCUGUUUGGGGCAGAGAUCCUGGAAUGCAUGUAUAACCUGAUCUGGUCUGAGAGCCCACCGAGGUGCCUUGAUGUCGAAGUUUGUCCCCUGCCUCCAAUGGUGGAACAUGGAGACUACAUUUGCCACCCACAGCCCUGUGACAGAUACAAUCAUGGUACUGUGGUAGAGUUCCACUGUGACCCUGGAUACUAUCUAGCUAAUGACUACAAGUAUAUCACCUGUCAGUAUGGGCAGUGGUUUCCUAACCUCCAGGUAUAUUGUGUUAAAUUAGAUUUAUCCUGGCCAGCCACACAGGAAAACCUCCUGACCACAUGGAAAGUAGUUGCAUUCACAGCCACCAGCGUCCUGCUAUUAUUACUGUUUGUCAUUCUAGCCAAAGUAUUUCAAACAAAGUUCAAGGCACGCUGCCAGUCAAGAGAUGGACAGCGAGGUCCGAAUGAUCCUAAUUUUGUAGUAGUGGCUGGAAUCCCAGUAAUGCUGCCUUCUUAUGAUGAAGCUGUGAACAGCAGUAAUUUCAUGCCGCCAAGCUUCCCGCCCCCUGCUGGUCAAGGGGAAUCCCUACAUUCAGAGGACCAGGGUCCUCCUGCCUAUCCAGGUUAUGUUGAAAACAGCCGUGCCAUACAACCAGAAUCCAGUGAAUAUGAAGCCUGUGAGAGUUUCUAUGAUUCUUCUGAACAGCUUCAAAGUAUAUGUCCUUCAUCCAUGUGUCCUGGGGGAUUGAACAACCUUUCAGAAAGAACCAAUGUGAUAACUUCAACAGCAGACACUGCUUCCACAAGUCCAAGUAUUGACAUUGCAGAUGAAAUCCCACUGGUAGAAGAAGACUGCUAAUCUUUCAUCCUUUAAACAAAGGCCUGCGUUAAGGAAAGUAUACCAGGCUAUGGGACAUAAAUCUAAGAACACACUUUUUGCGGUCAGAUGGAAUCAUCAUUUUUUAUUCAGUUUUCACUGUAGGCUAUUUUUCUCUUUCUUUGUUUCCCAACAGCAGCAUUUCAUGACUUUUGCUAAAAAUGCUGGUUGACAAAUUUAACAGAUAUCACCAUCCUGCAAGAACAGUGCACAUCAAGCAUGGAUGUAAAUGGAAGCAACUAACAUAUUUGUAAUACACAUGUGCACAUGCAACGAGGAUCACCUUCAACAAUUCAUGAAUCUGAAAUAAUUCUUGGAAGUAAUGUGUGUGUGUUUGUUUUUUUUUCUUUUGUUUUUUUUUGUAACAAUUUUCAUACCAGGAUCGCACCUAUGAGAUUAAAGACAUCAUUUCCAAGGAUGUACAUUGUGCAAAAAUAAUAAUUGCAUAUAAAUAUGUCUAUUGAAACCUUAUAUAAAGAAAGUAAUCUUCAAUUUCACAACAAAACUGUAAAGCACUGUAUACAGUGACUCUCAAAAGUAUUCACCCCUCUUGGACUUUUCCACAUU